AUGAGGAGCGUCGAGUACCCCCACCGUGGGAGUAAGGCUUGCGUCGAUUUGGUGCCCGCGGAGUUCCAGGAAGGUGCGAGUCAGACCCGCGAUAUCAUCACUUAUUGCGUGGAGGAUAUGAAGUACUGGACGGACUUUGACUCGGACGACCUUGAUGAGCACGAAACAAAUGCGAGGAACCCAAUGGAUAUUGUCUUUACCAACAUUGGCACCACUAUCUUCCCCGACGGCACCCUCGUCCAUCUGCCAUCCGACCUCAAACAGGCUGUCCUUGAGAAACUCCAGCGGAAGGUCAGGCAUGAGGUACGGGCGAAGUUGCUGGCAUCGGCGCCAAGCCAAGUCUGGGCAGCGGAUAGGAUCCAUCUUCGGGGCCAUGAGGAGUGUGAAUUCUGUCCCGAGGUCUCCCACUAG